AUGACGUUUCUUUUGAUUGUUUCUCUCAUCGAUUCUUUUGGCUGUUUCUUUCCCCCCGUUUCUUUUGGCCGUUUCUUUCAUCGUUAUUUUUUUCACCCUGCUUCUUUCCCAGUUUCCUUUGGCCGUUUCUUUCACCGUUACUUUUUGGCGUUUUUUGGCUGUUUCUUUCACCGUUUCAUUUUGUUGUUUUUGUCAUCCUUUCUUUUGGCAGUUUUUACCUCCGUUCCUUUUGGCCAGUUCUUUCCCCGUUUCAUUUCACCAUUUUUUUCACCUUUUCUUUUGGCCGUUUCCUUCACUGUUUCUCUCACUGAUUCUCUCCCCGUUUAUUGGCUGUUUCUUUCACUAUUUCUUUUUGCCGUUUCUUUCACCUUUUCUUUUGGCUGUCUCUUUCCCUGUUUCUUUCACCUUUUCUUUUGGAUGUUUCUUUCACCUUUUCUUUUGGAUGUUUCUUUCACCUUUUCUUACAUCGUUUCUUUUGGCUGUUUCAUUCACCGUUUUAUUCACCUUUUCUUUUGGCAACUUCUUUCACUGAUUCUAUCACCGUUUCUAUCACUUUUUCUUUUGACUGAUUCUUUUACCGUUUCUUUCAUUCUUUCUUUUGGCCGUUUCAUUUACCGUUUCUUUCACCGUUUCUUUUCACUGUUUCUUUUACCGUUUCUAUCACCUUUUCUUUUGACUGAUUCUUUCACCGUUUCUUUCAUCGUUUCUUUUGGCCUGCCGUUUCAUUUACCAUUUCUUUCACUGUUUCUUUUCACUGUUUCUUUUACCGUUUCUAUCACCUUUAUUUUGACUGAUUCUUUCACCGUUUCUUUCAUCGUUUCUUUUGGCCGUUUCAUUUACCGUUUAUUUCACUGUUUCUUUCACCUGUUUCUUUUUACUGUUACUUUCACCGCUUGUUUCACUGUUUCUUUUGGCUUUAUCUUCCAUCGUUUCUUUUCGCUUUUCUUUCUUUGUUUCUCGCGUUUCUUGUUUAUCGCCCAUUCCCAUUUUUUGGUUUUAUCCUCCCUUCCUCUCUUUCCCCUCUUUAUCCUGCCUUCCGUUUCUAUCUUUGACUCUCACCCGUUCCUAUCUCUCCCUCGUUCUUCUCUUUGUUUCAUUCUCUCCUCGUUCUUCUCUCUCAUUCUCACUCACCGUUUCACUCUGCCUCAUCGUAUCACUCCCCCUGUCUCUAUCACCAUGUCUGUCUCUCUCCUUUUGUGUCUCUCUUUGCGUCUCUCUCUCUCACUCCGUGUCUGUCUCUCUCACUCUCUGUGUAUGUCUGUCUGUCUGCCUCUCUCUCUCUCUCUCUCUCUCUCUCUCUAUCCGUGUCUCUUUCUCUUUCUCGUCCAAAAUUAG